ACUCCGGGGUCGGCAAGGUGGUCUGUGCUCGGGACCUCGAUAGCCACCUUCGACUCUCCUUGUCCUCGACAUUGCAUCAGAACCUUGCUCUUCAUAACCACUAUUCAGAGGAAUAGACACAGCACAGCCAAUUGUCUUUGUAAACCAGACCCCUAAAAGCAGGAAGACUAGGUCGCCGGGGAAGUCGGCGGCAAAAAGAACAUAACAAAACAGACGAGCAUCAUCAAAGCUACACGCUCUUCCAAGUCCCCGCAGCAAUGGACCAAACAUUAGAUAAAACCUCCCUCGACACUAUCUCCCUCCUCGAAGAACGCCUUCUACGCAUUGAGCAUCUCCUCUACGGUCCAUCAGCACCAUCAGCUGCCCCUUCAGCCGACUCAGCAAUCCACUCGCUAGAAGGCCUCGAACGCCGUUUCUCGCAGCUCCUAUCCCGCGUCCGCGUUUACGCCGAGCUCCUAAAGAUUUGUACGCCGCCUACCUAACCCACCUACAUACCUAAUACCAAAGCCCUCACGGCCCCCAUCUCGCCCUCCCCUCGCCCUCACCAACCACAACCACAGCCCACCCAAAGAAGACCAAGCUAACCAAACGCCCUCCGCCAACACAGACAAAGCCCACCCCUCCCUCUUCCAGCCUACCUCCCCCUCCCAAC